UUGUCCGAUCAUUAUAAAAUGGUUGGGUCAUACUAUGACAUCCAAAUAUUUCUGUGACAGAAAUAUUAUGGAUCUGUGUAUGCUAUACGAUAUGGAACAAAUACAGAAUUUCGUUAAGGAUUUUAUGAAAACGGGCCAAGAGAGAUCGAUGUGUUUAUUCAUCCGUCCUUCUAUCCAGAAGGACUACGUUAUUGAUCCUGACUGGGUCAAGUUUUAUAUUAAAUUACGAUGGAAACGAAGAUCACAACAAAUGAUUAAUGUUCAAUCAUUUAUCACAUGCAAGGUGGACACGUGGGGAAAUCAAAAUGGCUUCCGAUCCGGUUUAAAGUGCCGAUGA